AAAUAAACAUUCCCUUGUUUAUCUAGAAACAUGAGCAGCUCGGAGGAGGUGUCCUGGAUUUCCUGGUUCUGUGGACUCAGAGGAAAUGAAUUCUUUUGUGAGGUUGAUGAAGACUACAUCCAGGACAAGUUUAACCUGACAGGACUCAAUGAACAGGUUCCUCACUACAGACAGGCUUUAGACAUGAUUCUGGACCUAGAACCGGAUGAUGAGCUGGAGGAUAAUCCUAAUCAAAGUGAUCUGAUUGAACAAGCCGCUGAGAUGUUGUACGGUUUAAUCCAUGCCAGGUACAUUAUGACAAAUCGAGGAAUAGCUCAGAUGAUAGAGAAAUGGCAGCAGGGAGAUUUCGGUACCUGUCCUCGUGUGUACUGUGAGAACCAGUGUAUGCUUCCAAUAGGCUUGUCGGACGUUCCUGGAGAGGCCAUGGUGAAGUUGUACUGCCCUAAAUGUCAGGACGUGUACACCCCCAAAUCCUCCCGGCACCACCACACUGACGGCGCUUAUUUCGGGACGGGCUUCCCCCACAUGUUGUUUAUGGUUCACCCAGAGUACAGACCCAAACGUCCCCCCAAUCAGUUUGUACCAAGGUUAUACGGUUUCAAGAUCCACCCUCUAGCUUACAACUUACAGUAUCAAGCAGCUUCAAAUUUUAAAAUGCCAAUGAGAAUGUCCCAUAGCAGUGGAAAACGAUGAAUGCUAACAGUUAGGACAAAUUAACACUCACUCAGUCAGAACAAAACAACAAUGUAACAUUAACACAGUCAUCAGAGAAGAUCACCGUUUAGUUUUCCUGUAACCCAGCCAUUUAAUUGUUAAAUUACUAAUUUUUUAAUUUAGCUAAUUUAGGAUUAAGUUGUACAAUUUUAAUAAAAGUAGUAGUAAAUGAAUAGAUACCGGUACUAUUUUUUUUCUUUAAGCUGGGCCCAAAUUUAAGCUACCCUGUACAUGAGGUAGUGUA